AUUUUGGGAUCCGACUGAGUCACACGGUAGUCUUGGCAAAUAACUCUGCUCUAUCUCUCAGUUUACUGAGACUGCCUGGGAACUUGAACUGUCAGCCAAACAGGAAGAAGGGCCCUUCUGCCUAACUCCAAAAGGCCUAAGUCAAAUGGAUAUGGUGAGAUUUAAUGAUGGAUCUAAAUUACAACAAAUGGAUUUCCUAUGGGGGGGGAAGCAAACAUUUUACUUAACUUCCUCUAUAUAAUUCAGGGCUGGUAGAAAGGGUAGACUAUUACAGUGUAGCUGAGCAAAUUUUUCCGUGUUUGCAUAACAUGUGUUUUCAACUAAGGAAACUCCUAAAUUCCUACUAUAUACAAUAUCCCCCAAAAACCUCAAAUGUAAGAAAAAGCAAUGUGACAGAUUUGACCCUGGCCAAGUUAUACUUUUUUUAAGUGUGUUCAUAAACAUAUAAACUACAAAGGCCCUUUUUCUUUUUCAAGAAUGGGUAUAAAGUGAUAGUCCCCCCUCCCACCAGAUACUCUUAUUUUUGCCCCCUAACUGGUCAUGAAUUACUCCUGGGUGCACGCUCCCUAAAGUGUUCUGUGUUUUAGUGGUUAUAAUUUCCCACAUCCCAUGAUGCCCCUUGAUAGAAUUAAUCUUUCUGUACUCACACAAAUGGAAACAGAAGAGAUGAAAAACCCUGGGGAUGUGGCCUCGCAGGUCUCAAAAUCAUCGGCUGCUAAGCACAACCAGCACUUCUCUGCCUCUCUUCUUGGCUGAGUUCCUUUCUUGGCUCAGAGUUAGAUUUUGCAUGGCCUAGGAGGCUUAGGACCCAGGGGGCGCCUUUCAGCUGAAAAACAGCUCGCGCUGCAGCAAGCUAGCUGGGAAGCUCCCAGUUCUAAAGAGAGGCUGUUUACCCGAAGAGCAUAACAAGGGCAGGUCUGACUGCAAGGCUGGGACUGGAAGGCAGAGCCGCUGCCAAGGGGGCCCCGGUUGGACACUGGUCGUUCAAUCACCUGCAAGACGAAGGAGGCAAGGAUGCUGUUGGCCUGGGUGCAGGCAUUCCUCGUCAGCAACAUGCUCCUAGCAGAAGCCUACCGAUCUGGAGGCUGUUUGUGGGACAACGGCCACCUGUACCGGGCGGACCAGCUCUCCCCUGCGCCGGGCCUCCGCUGCCUCAACUGGCUGGACGUGCAGAGCCGGCUGGCCUCGGCCCCCGUGUUGGGCGCCGGCAAUCACAGUUAUUGCCGAAACCCGGACAAGGACCCACGCGGGCCCUGGUGCUACGUCAGUGGCGAGGCCGGCGUCCCUGAGAAACGGCCUUGCGAGGACCCGAGCUGUCCAGAGACAACCUCCCAGGCCCUGCCAGCCUCCACGACAGAAAUUGAGGAAGUGUCUGAAGGGCCAGGUGCAGAUGAGGUGCAGGUGUUCGCUCCUGCAAACGCCCUGCCCGCCCGGAGUGAGGCGGCAGCUGUGCAGCCAGUGAUUGGGAUCAGCCAGCGCGUGCGGAUGAACUCCAAGGAGAAAAAGGACCUGGGAACUCUGGGGGGAAGGACUUGAAAGAACAGCAUGAUCAGAAAGUGUGUGAGAGGGAGAUGCAGCGAAUCACCCUGCCUUUGUCUGCCUUCACCAACCCCACCUGUGAGAUUGUGGAUGAGAAGACUGUCGUGGUCCACACCAGCCAGACUCCACUUGACCCUCAGGAGGGCAGCACCCCCCUUAUGAGCCAGGCUGGCACUCCUGGGGCCUGAGCCCCCUCAGUGGGCAUGAGCCCAUGCAGACACUGAUGCAGGACAGCCCACCCUCCUACAGCUGGGAGGAUCUACCACUUUGCGUUCUGGUUAAAACCCUACCAUUCCCCCCCUUUUUUGGUGAAUCCUAAUAAGUGACAGAAGGAGGUAGUGCUGUGGGCUGAGGGUAAGGCUGGGCAGGGUCCUAACAGUGCUCCUUCUCCAUCCCUUGGAGCAGGAUUUUGCCUGUGGAUGGAGGCAGUGGCAGCUCCCGCAGUGGUGCUGCUGAUAAGGGCUUCCAAACAUUGCCUGCACCCCUGGAACUGAACCAGGGAUAGACAGGGAGCUCCCCCAGGCUCCUCUGUGCUUUACUAAGAUGGUCGUAAUCUCCACCAUGGGCUUUAGUGGCAUACACUGUUAUUCAUGGUUAAGGUAAAGCAGGUCGAGAUGACAUAAAAAAAAUAGAGUUUUUAAAAUAUUUGGGAUGGAACUCCAUACUGACCUCUGAGAGCCUGGAAAUGAGUUUGUACAGAAGUCAGAACUUCAGGUUGAGAAUGAGAUCUAGGUUUUGGGCUGCUGGUAUGCUCCAGCUUGCUGGCAGUGAUGUGCCUUGACAACCAUGGGCCAGGCCUGGGCCCAGGGACUCUUACUGUUUCAUAAGGAAAGGAAGGGAAGAAUUGCACUGAGCAUUCCACUUAGGAAGAGGGCAGAGAAGGAUCUGCUCCUACCUUGGGCCACAGGAGUAGAGGCAGACCUGGGGUGCCCCAGUUUCUCUUCAGGGAUGGACAGUGGUGACCUGUCUUCAUUUCGCACAGGCAAGAAAGUAGUCAGCUAACCUAUGGGAAUUAUACUGUGGGGACUUGGGAGCUGCUUCAAAGAGGUUAACGUGGAAACUAAGCUCAGAGGCAAGGUAAUAAAGCACUUCCGGGAUUGCUCCUGAAAUGGGCCUGAUUUAGCAGGUGGUCCUGUGGGUCCCCAGGCCAGCACCUUCCUGUAGGGCAAUGGGGCUAGGGUCACAGCCCCUAACUUAUAAAGCAAUCAACCAUUAGAAAGGGUUCAUUAAGGCUUUUGGACAUAGGGCCCGAGAGAGGAAAAAGUGACUUGCCCAAGGUUGUAGAGCAAGCUACUGGCAUGGCCAGGGCCCAGCUUCCUGAGUGCAACAUUUCUCCACUGCACUGUGCUAGCAGCUCAGCAGGGCCUCUGAGCCCUGAUGUCACACUCAGAGGCCUUGGCAUGUCCUAGCCAUAGAGCUUCCUUUCCAGAGCCCUUCCACUGCCCUGCGGGGGAAGAGGGAGGUUAGUGGGGCUUUCUGUGGAGCCAUCUGCUUUGGGGAUCUAGACCUUAGGGGGUCUCUUGGUAUUAAUGAUGCUGGAGAAGAGAAUAUUACUGGUUUCUACUUUUCUAUAAAGGCAUUUCUCUAUAUACAUGUUUUAUAUACCUCAUUCUGACACCUGCAUAUAGUGUGGGAAAUUGCUCUGCAUUUGACUUAAUAAUAAAAAAAAAAAAGACUC